UAUCGUUAGAUUGUACAAAUUUUGAAGUUUAACUUUUAACUGUCACUUUGUUUUAUAAUUUAAUAAACAACUCAAUUAAAAUAGUCACUAACGAAUCUUAACCUUUAAAUAUUCGUAUAUUUAAACUACUGUUGUUGUUGUUUACUCACAAACUGUUAUCAAUUUCUUAUGCUUGCCGCUUAUUUUGACGAACAAUUUGGAUUUUGGUUUUAUUUUCACCAAUAUUUACUUGAUUUUAUUUGGCUCUCUUCUAUGUACUUAUCUCAUGCCUUGUCCUCUCUGUUGGAUUUGAGAACCCCAUUUUGUUGACUCAGAUGUUCGGGCAGAACUUCGGUUCUUACUUCCAAAGUCCAUCUAACAUGCAAGAACCGGAUGGCAGUGCACAGCAAACCUUCCAACCCAAUAAUAACGGUAGUGGGGCCGGUGAUAGUAGAGAUAACAACAUUGACAAGACCAAACUUAUAGUUAAUUAUAUACCACAAUUCACUACUGAACAGGAGCUGGCUCCUAUUUUCCUUAAGAUUGGCCCCAUUGAAAACAUUCGUAUCAUGAGAGAUUUUAAGACUGGUUACAGCUUUGGAUUUGGUUUUGUUAAAUAUACAACACCAGAACAUGCCGCACAAGCAAUUGAAAAGAUUAAUGGAAUGACAUUUAAGGAUAAACGCUUGAAAGUGUCCAUUUCUCGUCCUCCUGGUCAGGAAAUGAAAAAUUCAAACUUGUAUAUAACAAAUCUGCCGAAAGAUAUAACUGAACAGGAGAUUGACGAAUUAUUUGGACAGUAUGGUGAAAUUGUACAAAGAACAAUUUUAAAGGACAAAAUAACAGGAAUGCCGAGAGGUGUAGCCUUUGUUAGAUAUUCUAAGGGAGAAGAGGCUCAAAGUGCCAUAGCAAAUUUGGACGGGAAAUUGCUUGAAAAUGGUUAUUUACCACUCAAGAUUCGCGUUGCUGAAGACCACGGCAGACAAAAAGCUCAAUUUUAUUACGACUAUAUGAGCCAAUGUAUGUUCAACAGAGGCAUGAAUAUUAAUCCAUUUAGAAGUAAUACAAUGUGCUUUAGAAACAUGCAGUUGACGAGAAGUAGCAUGCCGCCGCUGAGGGGCAAUAGACAGUUGAAUACGUUAGGGCCCAACCGUUUUAUGUCGAUGGGCGCUGGCGAUAACAUAUUCCAGAACCCGAUGUUUUGGUGAAAAAAUAUCGUUAGUGGUGUGGGUGUGUGAAUGUAUCGUGCUGAAAAAUCGACCACCCCCUUUCCUCGUUUUUUAUUAUUUUAUUAUGUAUAAUUGAAUAAUUCAAUUAUCAAUUAUUAUUAAUGCUAUUAGAAUUCCCAUUGGGUUUGCCAACGUCGUCUCAUUUAUUAUUAUAACUUUUUUUUUGGUCCCUUCUAUCGUUUUAUUCACACCCCCUUUUCCUUUAUCCACCGCCCACUGGUUUUUGUUUUGUUUUGCUGUCUCAUUUUUAAUGUCAUUGGUGGCGGUGUCGUCGAUUUUUUAGCACGUCAGUUUUUACUUGACAAAAGAAAAAAAAAAAGAAAAGACUGCAUAUUACAUUUUUUGUUUGUUGUUAGAGUGUUUUAUGAUUUUGUUUUUUUGUUGUUGUAUCUAACGAGUUCUUGAGGACAGUAUAUUUUAUACAGCUUUUUUACUUAACUAUUUAUUAACCCCUAGUGCCUUACAAUUAAACUCUGUUGUUCUACUCGUGUCUAGUAGAUGUUUAAUUGUUUUCUUUUUUUAUUUUAUUUUAUUUUAUUUAAAGUACGCGGGGAACCACUUUUCACCUCUUAUUGCUGGUGACUGAACUAGAGACACCAAGAGAAAUUUUUAUUUUUUUUUUUCCUCCCUUUGAGUUUAUUCUGUUCGGCAGCAGGUGCUUAUAUUUUAUAUAGUUUUUAGUUUUUAUUUUUCGUUUAUUUUAGAGCUUUAAAAGAACGGUAUUUCGUUAAAGGCACAUUGUCAUUCGACUGAUAUUUUUUAGCAACUGUAAAAUUUGUUUUCAUGUGUUCAAUAUAUUGUUUGUAAUAAACGUUUAGCUUUUAUUAUAGAAAAAAGAAGAAAAACAAAAAACAGAAACGAAUUAAGGUUUCUUUGUCUAUUCGACAAGUGAAUGUAAAGCUGUUGUUUUUGAGAAUAAAUAAAUGAACAAAUAUAUUUUAAAUAAUAAACGAACUUUAUGUGUAUUUCUUUUGGGAAUGGGGUGGUAUGGUGACAGUUUUGGGUUCUUUGGGGCUGGGCAAGAAUUUGAUGAAUAAAUGACUUUAAAUAAUAAACGAAGUCUUUGUUUUCUUUUGUUUAGUGGGAUAAGGUGAUAAUUUGGGAAUGUAGUGGGUUUAUUGGGUUGGGCAAGCUACUUAAUUUUCUUGUUUAUUGAAAAUGUGUAUUUGUAAUCCAAAAUCACAUGUAUUUUAUGACCUUCGUAAGCAUGGGCCGUGUGGCCAGUCUUCCCGCACUCUUUUAAUAUAUGGUAUAUCGGUAGGGUGUAUGUACCUGCGACCCACGUAACUGUA